AUGUCCAUGGCAUCUCUGCGAACCCCGCUCCUUUGCCUGCUGGUCCUUGUGGUCACUGAAGGCUGGGCCCAGCAGACCUUGCUCCCCGGCUGCUACAUGCGCCCCCUCAACGUGACCGUGCGCAGCGACCGCCUGGGCAGCUGCCGGGGCUCCCGAGUGGUGCUGGGGUGCGCAGGAUACUGUGAGUCCAGCAGCUACCCCUCAGAGUACUCCGUGAUGGAGGCCACCGACUACCGCCACAACAUCACCUCAGUGUCACAGUGCUGCACCAUCGGCAGCAUGCGGAAGGUGAAGGUGUGGAUUAAGUGCCCAGGCGGCUGGUACAGGGGCAUGGAUAUUUACACUGCCAAAACCUGCAAGUGCGAAGCGUGCCUCUUCUGGCGCUACUAG